CAAAAUCACUGAGCGACACGGCCGGGUUAUGGUCUCAGGGGCGCUGCUGCUGCUUUUGGGGGCGCUGGGGGCGCCCUUCGCCCCAGGCGCCCUUGGCUCGGAAGCUGAGGGUCGACUCCGCGAGAAGCUUUUCUCGGGCUAUGAUAGCUCCGUGCGGCCGGCGCGGGAGUUGGGAGAUCGCGUCGAGGUCAGCGUUGGUCUCAUCCUGGCGCAGCUCAUCAGCCUGAACGAGAAAGAUGAAGAGAUGAGCACAAAGGUGUACUUAGACCUGGAAUGGACCGAUUAUAGACUAAGCUGGGAUCCUGCAGAAUACGAUGGCAUCGACUUGCUUCGCAUUACACCUGAAUCUGUGUGGCUCCCUGACGUGGUGCUGCUGAACAACAAUGAUGGAAAUUUUGACGUUGCUUUGGAUAUUAAUGUCGUGGUGUCCUUCGGUGGCACGGUGCGUUGGCAGCCCCCUGGCAUCUAUCGAAGCAGCUGCAGCAUUCAGGUCACUUACUUCCCCUUUGACUGGCAGAACUGUACCAUGGUGUUUAGUUCAUACAGCUAUGACAGCUCAGAGGUCAGCCUGCACACAGGCCUGGAUCCUGAUGGGCAGGAACGGCAGGAAAUCUACAUUCAUGAAGGGACUUUCAUUGAGAACGGCCAAUGGGAGAUUAUUCACAAGCCCUCUCGGCUAGUCCAGCCGCCAGGGGAUCCAAGGGGAGGGAGGGAAGGACAGCAUCAGGAAGUUACCUUCUAUCUCAUCAUCCGACGGAAACCUCUCUUCUACCUGGUCAAUGUCAUUGCCCCAUGCAUCCUCAUCACUCUCCUGGCCAUCUUUGUCUUCUACCUACCACCAGAUGCAGGAGAAAAAAUGGGCCUCUCAAUCUUUGCCCUGCUGACCCUUACUGUGUUCCUGCUGCUGCUGGCAGACAAAGUACCUGAGACGUCCCUGUCAGUCCCCAUCAUUAUCAAGUAUCUCAUGUUCACCAUGAUCCUCGUCACCUUCUCAGUCAUCCUGAGUGUGGUGGUCCUCAACCUACACCACCGCUCACCCCAUACUCACCAAAUGCCCUUUUGGGUCCGUCAGAUCUUCAUUCACAAGCUCCCUGGGUACCUAGGUCUGAAGAGGCCCAAACCUGAGAGAGACCAGUUUCCGGAACCCCAACAGGCUUCUUCUCCAGGAAGUGGCUGGGGUCGGGGAACAGAUGAAUAUUUUAUCCGGAAGCCGCCGAAUGAUUUUCUCUUCCCCAAACCCAACAGGUUCCAACCAGAACUGUCUGCCCCGGAUCUACGGCGAUUUAUCGAUGGUCCCAACCGGGCUGUGGGUCUACCUCAGGAACUACGGGAAGUCAUUUCCUCGAUCACUUACAUAGCUCGGCAGUUGCAGGAACAGGAGGACUACGAUGCUCUAAAGGAGGACUGGCAGUUUGUGGCCAUGGUAGUGGAUCGCCUUUUCCUGUGGACCUUCAUCAUUUUCACGAGCGUCGGAACCCUGGUCAUUUUCUUAGAUGCCACGUAUCAUUUGCCCCCGGAGGACCCCUUUCCUUGAAGACUGAAGGUUAAUUGAACCUGUACUCUGAAAGCUCUGUAUUUCUGCUUUCUACUCUUUCAGUAGGGAUUAGGUCUCUGAUUUCCUUUCUGGGCUUUGAAGUGAGAUGGAAGGCUAACAAGCUAUAUGCUUUAUAUCCACCUGAAAUGCUUAUCAGCUUACUUACUUAGUUCUUGAAGUGCCAUUUGAAUGUCAAAA